AUGCAAGAAAUUAAUACCGACGCGACUUCAAGAAUCAUUAACCACGGCCCAGUGAUCAUUAUCACAGCUUAUGACGAAGAGAAUAAACGAUCCACAGGCAUGGCUUGUCAAUGGAAUAUGCCACUUUCACGUUUCACUGCUAUGGUUAAAUUUGGACCACUCUCGCAUACUCUUCAAUGCGUUUUGAAAACAAACAAAUUUGUCAUCAAUGUGCCACUCAAGCGUUCUAUGGCAGAUGUUAUUACAUUUGGUUCAAAACAUGGAAAUGAAGUUGACAAAUUCCCACUCACAAAUUUCCAUUUGCUUCCAUGUGUUUCAAAGGAGUUUGAGCACCCCCUCAGAAUCGAAGAAGCUGCAUGUUGUAUCGAGAUGACUGUGGAGCGUGUAACUCCUUUUGAAGAUGGAUCAAAACUUAUUGUUGGAAAGACUGUCGCGUGUUCAGCAGAUCCAACGUUUUUCAAAGACUCGAUAUACACAUGCGACAAAGACACUCCAGAUGAGCUUCUCACACUCCACCACUAUGGUGGUAAUAAAUUUGGAGUCACUCGACCACUUUAA